AACCUAGGUAAAAGUCAUCCGCGCUUACCAGGAAGUGAAUCGUCAGUGGUCAGCAGUGGUAGGUCUGGCUGUAUAGGUUUGGCUUGAAGUUUAUGGUUUUAAUAUGGUGUGUUGUAUGUGAAGACACCUUUGGAACAAGUGUUUGGAAAUAGUACGCACACUCACAUAGACUGUAAGAGAAUCUUGCUGCCUUCACUGUCAGGAUCAGCUAGCUCACCACCCUCUUGAUGUUCCCCUGAAAUGUCUGUUAUUAUCUACUGGACUGUAUUGCAACAUCCUAGAAGAGAAUGAUCUUUAUACUAUUCAGAUAUUCUCCAUUCUUCAGAUAACUAUAGCAAGUGGUUGUGCUACAGUAUAAGUAAAGCUGCCCUGCUUUAUGUUAUGUAGGCGCUUGGAGGAAGAGGAGGUAUAACUUCUACUCAUUCUUAACCUUGGCACUAGACAGAGUUUGGAAUACCUAGGAAAAGUGCUAGUGAGAAACAUGGAGGUAUAAAGAUGGAUGCUAGCAGCAAGAAGAGAGAGAUUCCUCAUCCCAGGGCUUCUGCAAAUCCACUGUCAGCUAUCACAUUCUAUUGGCUAUUAGGUACCUUCAAGAAAGGGUUUAAGAAAGACUUGGAAAUAGAGGAUUUGUACUCCACACUUGAGGAACAUCGAUCUGAUUAUUUGGGGAACAAAGUGGAAAGGUUGUGGAAUCAGGAACUGGAGCAAGCUGGUGGCAUAAAUGGAAAACCUAGUUUGUUUAAAGUUCUCAGAAGAUGCUUUGGUCUUGAAGUCAUUCUCAUUGGGCUGAUAUUGGCUUUUGAGGAACUACUCUUCAAGGUAACUCAGCCCCUAUUUGUAGGAGGAUUUAUCCGGUAUUUCUCACCAGAGAGCAACAUGAGCCGAAACACAGCAUUCAUGUAUGCUGCUGCCAUUGUGAUAUGUUCAGCUGUUAACGUAAUUGUGAGACAAUCAUUCAUGAUGGCUAUGUUCCAUUUGGGCAUGAAAAUACGAGUUUCCCUCUGUUCCCUCCUCUAUAGGAAGGACAGAAAUCAUGUAACUUGUACAUCAAAUGCCUUCCUUCAAGUUGUAUGCAGCUUUCCCAGGCAGUCACAGAGGUUUGUGUUUGUCUUGACAAUUGUCAUGACAUUAACAGAGAACAAUGAAACAUCAGUAAAUUUUAUAAGAUUACAUUUGGUUAAUUGUGUAUUUUUCAAUUUAUCAGCAUAUUUUGGAAAGUUGCUGUCCACUUUCCGUCUCCGCACUGCCAAGCGAACUGAUGAGCGAGUUAGAUUCAUGAAUGAGAUCAUUGUUGGCAUACAGGUUAUCAAGAUGUAUGCGUGGGAGAAACCAUUUGCUUAUCUUGUCUCUGUUGCUCGCAGAAAUGAAAUUCAAACAGUUAGGGCUGCACUUUAUGUGCGUGGUUUGCUCUUAUUGAUUGGAAAGUUUUCAACAAAGAUUGCCAUAUUUAUUGCUAUAGUGUCAUACGCUCUACUUGGGAACAAGAUAACGGCUGAGAAGGUGAGAGACUUUUGUGUUUAUGGAAAACAAAUUAUUCUUGGCUGCAUGAUUUUCUCAAUACUUGGAGUUCUAUGCGGAGAUUGUGGUGUGCAAGUGAGUGUUGUUAGAAUCCCAUCAUUACUUCAUUUUGCUUUUUCAACUGCUUUGUACAUGUGCUGUAGCUUGUUGAACAGACACUGGAGUUUGUCUCAUGACAUUUGGAAAUAUGGAAAUGCUAAAACUGUCAUGGCAAGAGGAAGUGCAGGCCCAAAUAUCCUCCUCAAAGACCCUCAGUCUAUGUUCCUCUCUCAAGAGGUUGUAUUGCACCAGGAGCAAGGUAUAAUGAUGAAAUGGAUGAUCAUACCACAAAAUCAUUAUCAUCAGCAGAGAUUCCUUCUUUAUGGUGAAGUGACUACUGCAACUAGGUGCAUUGCAAAUGAUAUGAAGACCACAGACUUAAUCUGUGACAAAAGCAGACCUCUUGGAAAUGAAUGCAAGAUGGAGAUGGCAAAGACUGGUGCUCUGGAAUUUAGUGUAUAUGCAGAAGAAAACAGUACAGAUAGUGGUGACACUCCAGACAAGAAAGGUCUCAAGGUUACUAAUGUGAUGGCCAGGUGGACUGAGGACUUGCCUGAGAACACGCUUACUGAUGUGAGUCUGGAAGUAAGACCUGGAGGACUGGUGGCUGUCAUUGGACCUGUUGGAUCAGGGAAGACAUCACUGGUCCAUGCCGUUCUGAAAGAACUGCCUCUCAUCAGCGGUUCCAUAUUAGUGGGAGAAUCAGUAUCAUACGCGUCGCAAGAACCAUGGCUGUUCACAGCCUCUGUGCGGCAGAACAUCCUGUUUGGGCAGCUCAUGGAUAGGAACCGGUACAGACAAGUGGUGAGGGCCUGUGCUCUUGAACGAGACUUCCAGCUGUUGCCCCAUGGUGACAUGACCAUUGUGGGGGAGAGGGAUGUCACUCUGAGUGGUGGGCAAAAAGCAAGAAUCAACCUGGCAAGGGCUAUUUACAAGCAACCUGAUCUAUAUAUACUGGAUGACCCACUUUCUGCAGUGGAUGCCCAUGUAGGUCGUCACCUGUUUGAUGACUGUAUCUGCAACUUCCUGCAUGGUAAAACUCGCGUGCUGGUGACACACCAACUGCAGUAUCUUCAGACAGUGGACAAAAUAGUCAUCCUUAAUAAUGGUAUGGUGGAAGCAACAGGCACAUAUGCUGAGCUGCACAACUCAGGUCUCAAUUUUGCCAAGCAGCUUGGUCUGGAAACGGACACAGAAAACAAUCAGGAGAAGCACCAUAGUGACUCGAAACCUAGCAUACCAAGUCAUAGCAAUUUACAACUUUCACUCCGCAGCACAAAGCGCCAGAUCUCAGAGACAUCAGAGCAUAGUUCACUGGAGGAACCUGAGCCCAAGCAGGUUGCAGAGAUGCAAACAAGAGGCAGGGUUAAGUCUGGUGUGUACGGAGCAUACUGUGCUGCCGGAGGAAACUGGUUCAUCACAUCGCUCAUGCUUUCUGUAUUCGUGCUGGCACAACUUGUUGUCAGUGUAGGUGACUACUGGAUGUCCUUCUGGACUAAUGUAGAAGAACGGAGAUCUUUGGACAUUAAUGGAAUUGCCUCCAACAUAACUGGUUCUGUUAUUAAUUAUACUGCUACACAAUUCCUAGGCAUGGACGUUGCCACUGUUACUCCAACAAAUAUCACUGAGUGGAACUGGAUAUUUAAUACUACUAUCACUCCAGUAAAUGACACUGAGUGGAGUUGGAUGCCCAGCACAGAAACUUGCAUUUUUGUAUACACAGGUCUUGUGAUUGGCAUUAUUGUGCUUUCCCUGGCAAGUACAUUUUUCUUCUUCUCAAUGUGCAUGACAGCUUCCAUCAACCUUCAUAAUUCAAUGUUCAGCAGUAUCUCACGAGCUACAGUGUGGUUCUUCAAUAACAAUCCUUCAGGCCAAAUACUGAACCGUUUCACCAAGGAUAUGGGAGCAAUUGAUGAAGUAUUGCCUCAGACAAUGAUGGACUGUGUGCAGCGAACAUUGAUGAUACUGGGUGUGAUUGUAGUGGUUGCAGUGGUGAACUAUUGGAUGUUGAUCCCAACAGUAUUGAUGCUGGUUCUAUUUUUUAUGCUCAGGAUAUACUAUAUUGCUACCUCACGCAGUAUCAAGAGGCUUGAGGGUGUCACUCGUAGCCCUGUUUUCUCCCAUCUUAAUGCAUCACUGCAAGGUCUUACCACAAUACGAGCUUUUUCUGCUGAAGCCUUACUGGAAAAGGAAUUUGACACUCACCAGGAUCUUCACUCAACUUCUCAUUACCUGUUCAUUGCAGCAAACCGAGCCUUUGGCUUGUGGUUGGAUGGUCUUUGUGUGAUAUACAUUGGCCUUGUUACUUUCAGCUUCCUCAUGUUGAAUGGAGUACAGUAUGGUGGGGAUGUGGGGCUUGCUAUAACCCAGGCCAUUGGCCUUACUGGAAUGCUGCAGUGGGGCAUACGGCAGAUGGCCGAGAUGGAAAAUCAGAUGACUUCAGUUGAACGCGUCUUAGAAUACACUGCUGUUCAAAGUGAGCCUCCACUUGAGACGCCUCCUAGUAAAAAGCCUCCUAAAGACUGGCCAGCAAUGGGUACAAUAGUUUUUGAUCGAGUUUUUCUUUCAUACACUAAUAAUGAGCCACCUGUACUGAAGAAUAUCAGCUUCUCCAUCAGGCCAGCUGAAAAGAUAGGAAUUGUGGGUCGCACUGGAGCAGGCAAAUCUUCUCUCAUCACAGCUUUGUUCCGCCUGGUUGAUCCCUCUUCUGGACUUAUACACAUUGAUGGAGUGAACACCAUUCUAAUUGGACUGCAUGAUCUGCGAUCCAGGAUCUCAAUCAUUCCACAAGAACCUGCAUUGUUCUCUGGUUUACUAAGAGAGAACCUUGACCCAUUUGGUGAGUUUCGGGAUGCUGUGUUAUGGGCUGCUCUAGCUGAGGUGGAGCUGAAGCAGGUUGUGGAUGAGCUGCCUGCUGGACUGAACCACAGGGUGUCAGAGGGCGGGUCCAACUUCAGUGUGGGACAGCGCCAGCUUCUGUGUCUUGCACGUGCCAUUAUCAGAAACAAUAAGAUUUUGGUGCUAGAUGAGGCCACAGCCAAUGUGGACCCAAAAACUGAUGAACUGAUACAGGCAACAAUUCGUCACAAGUUCAUCAACUGUACAGUGCUGACCAUCGCCCAUCGUCUGUGCACAGUUAUUGAUAGUAACCGGAUUCUUGUUAUGGAUGCUGGAUCUGUUGUGGAAUUUGAUCACCCUUAUCUGCUGCUCAAGAAUGAGAAUGGUUACCUGUACCAAAUGGUACAGCAGAGUGGACAUGCCAUGGCAGAUUCUUUAUUCAGAGCAGCACAAAUGAAUUUUGAGAGUUUGGACAAGAAGACAUAAAUUCACCAAAGAGGAAACUUAUAUAGUCCAAGCAAUACAGUAUUAUUAUUGAACUUCAAUAGCCAGUAAUAACUUACACACCUACACCUAGUGUGUUUGUCUUCAUUAAGAAAUUGUUAGUAUGGAACUAAAUAUCCUAGGUAGCUAUAUGUCUUGGAGUUUGAAACCAUUCAUGAAGCACUGAAGUUUCCAGUACAUUUACAUAGUUAUUAAAGUUUGUUGGCUGUUGGUACUUGUGUAUAUGAAUAUUCAAAUAAAUUUAUAUUAGCUGUGUGUAUGUGUGUGCGCGCGCCCCCUCGUGCAUAUAUGUAUCAAAGCAGUGAAAAUAAUCUCAUUAUU